AUGGAAACGCUUCACGAUCACGCGUGUCAUCCUUGCGCCUACGGGGAGCAGAUGCUCUCGGUUCCAAUGUUCCAAUCUGGUUCUAAAAUGAGAACCAAUCAGAGCGCCCGGUCUCCAUAUCAACCAAUCAGGUGCCGGAGUGUUCGUCAGGCUUCGUCAAAUCAGAGGCUUCCUCUGGUUCCGAAAUCCAAAUCAGACCUGUGUCGCGCCAAUCAGAUGGCUUCGGAGGUUCCCCAGCGGGAGCCUCAUCCAGAAGGCCACCACUGCUACCCUGGCUCUGGGGUCCCAGAACGCAGCCCAGAGGGGGGCCCUGAGGGACAAAAACCCGCCGAGGAGGUGAAGGUGGAGGCACAGGCCCGUGUCGUCCAAGAGGGUGGGGACGUCCUCAACGCCACCCUCGUCCUCAGCUGGUGGACACUGCAGUUCGGCAAGUACGCCGGACAAACGUUCCACUGGCUGCUGGAGAACAACGUGGGCUACGCCGUCCUCCUGGUGGACUCCCACAAGAAGGAGCGUGAGAGGACAGGGUCUCAGUCCCCCCUCAUGGCCAACAAGGACGGCCUCCUGCGCUACGCCUCCUCAUACCCCGAGUUUGCCGAUGCGGUAAAAUUCCACCGGGCGUUUGAGGAGGCGAAGGAAAAGUCCCGCCAACCUGGCCAGGAGGGCCAGGCCCUUGUUGGCUUUGGGGACUUUAAAUAUGAGACCCUGGAGAGCAUCUACAGCUCUAAGGAUCCUCAGAAGAUCCGGUUUGUCAACUAUCUGCGCCGGACGUCAGCCGUUCCUGGUUCCCAAAAGGAAAAGGCCAUGGAGUACGUCCGGCGCAGAGACAAGGAGAGGGUCUCCUCCACCACCGCGGCAGCCUCCACCACCGCGGCAGCCUCCACCACCACAGCAGUGUCUGUCUUCUCCACCAAGGGACUAGCGUUGGCAGGGAAGCGAGAUUGUUAA